AAUAAUUUUACAAAGAUGUUGCAAUGCUUCUAUAUAAGCAGAGAUAGUAAUUUAAUCCUUUAUUCAGAUACUAAAUCCAAGCUCCACCUUCCCCUUCACCGUCCGUUCUCCACGUACAAAACCCCUAAUCCCCUCAUGUUUCGCAGACUCUAUUUCUCCCUCUCUCGCCCUAACCCAACUCUCUUCUCUCCAAUCUCUCACCACGAAAAUACCUCUCUUAUCAUAAAUCACAGCAAACCCACUUCUAUCUAUGAACGUUUCACUUCAACCCCACCAAGAUUCUUUGCUUCUUACACCAAAACGAGCGAUACCCAGAAGCCUAAAUUCACUAUUCCACCUCCUGAUAAAGCCUCAAAGCCUGAAAUGCUACGUGCCCUUGAGUUCUCAAUGGGCUCUUCUUUUAGUACCAACCCAAUUUGCCCCCCUCCAAACCCUUUAAUCAUUGUGAUAAGUGGUCCAAGUGGGGUUGGUAAAGAUGCUGUUAUCAAGAAAUUGAGACAAGUUAGAGAAAGUUUGCAUUUUGUUGUGACUGCAACUAGUAGGCCAACGAGAGAAGGUGAGGUUGAUGGUAAAGAUUAUUACUUUGUGUCAGAGGAAGAAUUUUUAUCAAUGGUAGAGAGAAAUGAAUUGUUAGAGUAUGCACUUGUCUAUGGUGAUUAUAAAGGGAUACCAAAAAAGCAAAUCAGGGAGUUUAUGGCAAAAGGGCAUGACAUAGUUUUAAGAGUUGAUGUACAAGGGGCUGAGACUUUGAGGAAGAUUUUGGGGAAUUCUGCUGUCUUUAUAUAUUUAGUGGCGGAGAGUGAGUUGGAACUUGUGGAGAGGUUGAUUGAUAGGAAGACUGAGGCUAGCGAGGCUUUGCUUGUGAGGAUUGCGACUGCGAGAGAGGAGGUGAAACAUGUUAGGGAUUUUGAUUAUGUGGUAGUGAAUGGUGAAGGGAAGUUGGAUAAUGCAGUUAAGCUGGUGGGAUCAAUCAUUGAUGCUGAGAAGGCCAAGGUCCAGCAAAGGAGGGCUGUGAUUUAGUUGAGGGCUCAAAGUAUUGUUUUUGAGGUCCCAAUGUCUCAAAACUUGCAAGUCAGUUGAGGGUAAUGUCAAUGUUUAUGUAUAGAAUGGAGCAUUGUAAUCAGUUUAACUGUUCUUAGAUAACACAAGAAGCUUCCUGCAAAAAGACGUUCUCCUCUCAAACAUUUGGAAUAGGCAAACACAAAUUCAUUGAUGCCAUAUACUUCUGGAAUGCCAUCUUAUAUCUGUGAAGUUUUUUUUUUUUUUUUUUGUAUGCUCUAUUCUUAUAACUCAUUGAAUGUUGCAUACCAGAAGUUAGGUCAUUGGUUGUGCAGGUGGCGGAUUGAUCAACUGGCCAGUGAAAUGUUUUUAACUGUAAUGAUUCUGGUGAAAUUCGAUCAACCUGUUAUUCUGAUAAAGUUUAGUGAAGUGGUCAUCUAACUGAUAAUUGGCUUUCUUUGUACCACAAACUUUAUACAAUGAGAAGAAAUGCUAUGGAGAAACCUUGUGUUCUUUGACAAA